AUGUUGAAGCAGAUUGUUCUCAUUUUUCUUUUCUUAAGUAUUGCUGUCAAUGCUGAAGUCACCCGAGAAGACAUUGAUGCUGUUCAAAAACAAUUAGAAGCAGCUGUUCAAGUUGAAAAUCGAUGUACAACAUCAUCGGAUUGUACCGCAGCACCUACUGGAUCUCGGGCAUGCGGUGGCCCCAAUGGUUACGUUGUAUAUGCAAUCAAGAGCUCUAAUGCACGAAUGAUUCGUUUGUUAGCAACAAAGACAGUUGAUCUUGAACGACAAUAUAAUUUGGACAAUGGAGUCAUAUCUAUUUGCUCGAUGAUAAUGCCACCAACCCCAGUCUGCGAUAAAACCAGCAAAUGUUCUACCGAUUCUACAGUAUCACCAUUCGAGCCAGCUACCUUAGAAUAA